GGCACAAGAGAAGGAAGCUGUCGAGGUGAAUGACCUUCACCAGUCAAACGAUGAAUACCAGUUAUACUACUAUAGUCCACAUACCUUUCUCCAAAGUCCAGAAAAGACACUGGAAAUAAAAUCAGAAUCUGAGCAUUUCUCCGUGUCUCUGAAGAAAAUUGAAGACUCGCUUGAGAAAUUGUUUAUUUCCACUGAAAGUAAUCACUAUAAUAUAUUAAAUAACCAAACAAAUCUUACUUCCAAAGCUUUGGAAGUUAAACUUGUGAAUCAAGAACAAGACUUGUUUAACCAGUUGAAACGCAUCACACUGACAGAUACUGAAUUAAGAGUAGUAAGAGAACGGGCUAAGCAGCUGUGUUCAGGACAACUUCGAUCAAGAGGAGAGGCACUUCUUCCUUUGAUGUUAGCAAGUUUCAUCUUUGAUGCUUUAGUGUUGUGUGCUCCUUCAACAAGAGGUGCAGCAAAAUCUAAUUGUGAUGAGGAGUUAGGAUUUGAAGCAGCAGUAGCAGCAUUGGGGUUGAAAGCCAAUAUAUCUGAAGCUGACCAUCCACUGCUGUGUGAAGGCACUCGACGGCAAAGAGGUGACCUUGCCAUUACUCUACUCGUUCAUUACAAAGAUAACCAGGAAAAACUAAGAAAGAUUAUGAACAAGCUUCUUGACAAGGAGGUUUCAGAAAACCACAGAAAUCAGAUGCAGAGUGCCAACUGUUCACAGUCACCUCCAUUAGACAACAAUGUCGCACACCAGGGGUCUCAGUUGGUCGAGAGAGGAAAUGACAGAACUACACCAUCUUCUAGUGGUAAAGGUGAUGAGAAACAGUCGUGUGACACUGCUGGAAACGAACACAAAAUUCAGAACAGUGAAUGUUGCAAAAAGACUACCAGCCUUGAUUUUCAAAAAAACUUACUUAAAACUAGUGGAGCUCGUGCAAAGGAAUCCCAUCAUCACAGAAAUCGUUCACAUGCUGACAGCGAAGGUGCCUCUAGCCCAGGGUGGGAGGAAAGCUACAAGGCUUGGGAGACAAAAUUUCGCUGUACCAAUUUCCAUACUAGUAAAAAACAUUCAGCAGGCAUGGCAAGUAUAGAUAGUAGUGCUCCUGAAACAACAUCAAGUGACAACUCUCCGGCUGUUGGAAGACGAAGCACCUGGAUCAAAUCUGGAGGACCUGGAAGUGACAGUGGAAGCAGUGGUGAAAGUAGCAAUUCCUUUGUCUCCAGUUCUUCUGGAGAUAAGGCUAUUAGGAACAAAAGUCGAGACUCGGAAAGUCCACCUCAAACUAAUCGCUUUGGAGGAACUCUCCCUGUUGGUGACAGUGUAAUCCGACAUGUCUCUGGAACAAUAAAACCUGCCAGAUUCAAAGGCAAAAGGGCAUAUCCCAGUGUUCCAAACCAGCCGAGCGAAGCGUCAGCACAUUUUAUGUUUGAACUGGCUAAGACUGUGCUUACAAAGGCUGGAGGAAACAGCAGUACAGCUGUCCUGUUUACACAGCCGUCUGUGGGUCAGAAUCACAGAGGUCCACACCGUGCGCUUCAUAUGUGUGCUUUCCAGAUUGGCCUCUAUGCUCUCAAACUGCAUAACGCUGUCUCUCCUAACUGGCUGUCUCGUACCUACUCUUCACAUGUGUCAUGGAUCACUGGGCAAGCUAUGGAGAUUGGCAGUGCAGCUGUCAAAGAUAUUCUUAUUGACUCAUGGGAAGGUCACUUGACCCCUCCUGAAGUAGCCACUCUUGCUGAUCGGGCAUCUAGGGUGAGAGAUUCGGCAAUGGUCAGGGCUGCGGCAGAUUUGGCUCUCUCUUGCCUUCCUCAUGCUCAUGCUCUUAAUCCAAAUGAGAUUCAACGUGCUCUCAUUCAGUGUAAGGAACAGCACAGCGUAAUGUUGGAACGAGCGUGUCUUGCUGUCGAGUCUGCAGCCAAGGGAGGAGGAGUGUAUCCCGAAGUAUUGUUUGAUGUUGCCCAUAGAUGGUAUGAUAUGUAUGAAGAAACAUUACAAGGCCAGCAAGUCCAUAGCUCAGAAUCUUAUGUACGUCCUGAAAUGCAUUUAGGAAAUUCUAACACGGAACAUUACGGAACUCCAGUGGCCUCAGCUGCUGAUCCUUUAGCGAUGAUGGCCACCUGUCAUGUUGAAGGGUUGGUCACAACCACUCCUACAGUUCAAGUGUUUCCUCAACCACUUUCUUAUCCUCUUCCCUAUCCUGCACCUCCGUAUGGAUAUCUUCAAGGAGUUCCCGCACCAUUUCAUCAUGGUCAUGUACCCAUCCACCCUGCUUAUCUACCCCCUCCACCCACUUACGCCUAUCCAGCAUUGGCAAGUGCCUCGUACUAUCCGUCAACCUACACAUCCACGGUGACGGGGUCGGUUCACUAUCGGCAUAACUCGCCAGCACUUUAUACGGGACAGUUGUUAGGUGUGCCGGUGACUCAGACUGCCAUGGCCCAAUCACGAUCAAUCCUGCCAGUGAAUCCCAGUCCCCCUCCUUCAGUACCUCCACCUCAUCAACCUCAGGUUAAUAACCCCAUCUCGCAGCUAAACCAGCGACAACUGAACUACCUUUUAGCAGCAUAUCGUGUGGGGAUGUUAGCCAUGGAAACCUUGGCACGCAGAGUACACGAUGACAGACCGCAGGCCAAGUAUGCUCGUACCCCACCUUAUGGUGAAGAUGUCAAGUGGCUUCUCGGAGUUUCUAAGAAAUUAG